AUGUCGUUCACAAUCACAGUCCGCCAGGGCCCAGCCCGCCUGGCAUCUCGACUCCCUCAAAUCUCAAAAGCUGCUGCGCGAAGCUCAAGCGGCCCUGCUAGCUUCGCAAGGGCAUUCCAUCAGUCGACGCCCAAGAACAGCUUCUUCACCAGCAAGACCUCUCUCCUCUCGUCCUCUCUCGUCCGCGCGACCCCGAAGUCAUCGAGCAACUCUAUCGUCGCCCGCCUCGUCGGCGCCAGCGGCAGAGGAUACCAAACAUCAGCUCCCCCGGCAGCUGCAGAUGGAGGUUCUGUGAUUCGCAAGUUGUUGGUGGGCGGUGCCAUCUUUGGUGGUACGCUUGUCGCCAUCAAUGUCGUCUUCAACCGCGAGACCCGAGAGGACGGAGGCAUGCCCCCCUUCGAGCGUGCCUACCUCAACAAUACCUUCCUUCACACCGGUUUGGGUAUCGGCAUCAUCGGAUUGACCGCCCGACAGAUGGUCCAGAGCGGCUUUGUGUACAGGAUCAUGGUCACCAACCCCUGGGUCAUGGCAAUUGGAGGAUUGGCACUGAGCUUUGGUACAAUGAUCGGAACCAGAGCCAUCGACCCUGAUAACUACGUCCCUAAGUACGCCCUUUGGACUGCCUUCAACGCCACCCAGGCUGCUUUCGUCGCUCCCCUGAUCGCUUUCGUUCCCGGCGCAUUGCUUGCUCGUGCCGGCCUCUACACUGUCGCCAUGAUGGGCUCGAUUUCCUUUGUUGGUGCUACUGCCAAGCAGGAGAAGUACCUCUACAUUGGCGGUCCUCUCCUGGCUGGUGCUGCCAUCGUUGCUGUCUCUGGUCUUGCGCCUCUUGUCAUUCCAGCGACCGCAGUCCGCGCUCUGGCGUUGACCGAGAGCGUAUGGCUGUACGGUGGUCUGGCUCUGUUCGGUGGCUUCACCCUGUAUGAUGUUCAGAAGGUGCUGUAUCAUGCUCGGUUGGCUGAGCGCGGCGUCAUCAAGCGGGAUCCCGUCAACGAGAGCAUCUCUCUCGAGCUCGACUUCCUCAAUAUCUUCAUCCGUAUGGUACAGAUCUUGAUGAUGCAGCAGAAUAGGAGGAAGUAA